UACACUCGUUUAGAUAAUAUUGCACUACACUACACUAUCAUAUGGUGUUAUAUCUACUGCACUGAUAGUGAUAAUAGGCAAAAAACGCCAUAAAAUAAUUCACAGCUUCCAAGGUACUGCAUAAGAAUUUAAACUUUUUGAACUAUUCAGCUAACAAAUUUUAACAAUUUAGAGAUUCUUAUUCAAUUCAGCGUUCAUAAAUAAUAAUAAUUCUUAAACUUUCAAUGGCAUCUAAUGAAAUAAGAAAACAAGUAAGUCAUGUAGUAUUGAUACAUUUGAACUUAAGGUCUACUUGCAUUAUAUUGCAUAAUAUAUACCUGUAUUUAAAUUUGUUAAAAUUUGAAUGUUAUUUUCGUACAUGUUGAUGUUGUGAAAUCCUAAACAUUAUUAUUGUGUGUGUUAUGUAAACAACACAUAAAUAAAAUGUAAUUUUUUUAUAAUCUCCUUUGCCUACACUUUAGCUAGUUUGGGUCAGCCACAAUCGUCCUAAGUUUCCACUUGACCUGAUCUCAUUCUCAAACCACCUACUUGUUGGUCUUCCUUUUCCUCUCAUACCUCUUACAUUUAUUUUUAUUGCCAUUGUUACUACUUCUGAUUUGCUCUCUCAUAACAUGUCCUAACCAUGUUGAUCUAUUUUAUCCUAUUUUUGUAUUAUCAAGUCAUGCCUAUUCUACCCUUUAUGUACUAGUUUUUUAUCCUAUCUUCUCUUGUCACUCCACUCAUUCACCAGCAUUCUCAUCUCUGAUACACUCAUUUUCUGUUCUAUUUUUCUGUCUACUGGCGAAUACUUCAAACCAUACAACACAGUCGAUCUCAGAAUACUCUUGUAGAAUUUACCUUCAAGUCUGAUUGGAAACAUCACACCUGACGCUUCUCUCCACUAGAUCCAACCAUACUUAAUUCUAUGUUAUACAUUCUCUUAUUUUUUUUUUUUUUGUUCUCAUAUAUAUAUCAAAGAUAGUCAAUUCGCCGAAACUUUGUUUAGUUCCCAAAAUAUUUGACAGAAUUUUACACAAGCAGUCAACCUCUUACAACAAAUGUUUGUUUUAUAUAAUCUGUGCUAUUAUACACUGUGGUUUAUAAAUGGGCCAUAGGUAACCAAUUGCUUUCUACUUGGGUAAUUUAAAAAAAAAAAUAAUCUGCUUUUUUAAUGUAGACACAUUAUACAACUUGUAAUGUGCAUUUUAAUACAUUUAAGUCGUUUAUAUCUAGCAAAUUAUAUUAUUCAAUAAACCAUAAUGAAGUCAAUUUGUGUACACUAGUACAUUACCAUUAAAACUUAUAUAAUUAUGUUAUUAAUCAAAAAUAGGUAUACAUAAUAUAUAAACAACUAUAUUAGAAAAUAAGCAGACUGCUCACUUUGUUAGUUUACAUUAGUCAAUAUGUUUAUCUGUACAUUAUCUAUACAAAUUGAUGUUUAUGUAACAAAAAUGUAGUAGCUAUUAUUUUUUUUUUUUAUAAAUGUGAUUUAAACAUUUCUAGCUAAUAUAUAGUUAAGGUUUUUUAACUGUGUAAACUUUUUUGUAUGGGUAAAUUAAUAAAUUAAAUUAUGUCGAUUUCAGGUGCUCACUGCUUUCAAAUCGGUGCACAAAGCUCGAUUACUGUGUUUCAAAAAUGAUGAUCAUAUGCUAAAUGGCAAGUAUCUAUACAAUAUACAUUAUAUUAUAAUUUGAAUUAAUAACAAGUUUUAAAUUUAAAAAUAUUAUAAACUAACAAACAAGAUAUUGUUCUUUUGUAGUUAAUCCUGGAAUUGAAUAAUAGCAAUUCUUUACUCUUGCCUGCUACUAAUUUUCUUUCACACUUGAUCUCUUUAUACAAAUUACAUUCUUAGUCCAUCAUUGUUUUGUCAUUUUUCAUUCUCAAUUUGAUGUACACUUACCUAAUUAUUUUUAUUUUCAUAAUUAUUAUUCUUUAGCGGCAAAACAUCAAAUCAAUGAAGAGUUCAAAAAAAAUAAAACUGUCUCUGAUCCUGCUGCAUUAAAUAAUGUAAGAAAAUAAUACAAAUUAUCAUAUGUAAUAUUUUAAUUUUUAAUUUUUUUUUACUUUUCCAUUUAUUUUAUAAAUUACUUUAUUUUAAAUUAGUAUUUUGAUAAAAACAACUAAUUUUAAUUGGUUUUAAUAAAUAUUAAAUAUAUUUGUAUUAUAUCUUUUGUAUAGCAUACUCAGUAAUGUGAUUAAAAUAUUUUUUUAAAUUACAUAAUGAUUAAUUGUUUAAAUUAAUAAAUAUUAUAAAAAUGAAGAAUGUAAAAUUUGUACUAAAAAUAAUAACGUUUAUUUGAAUUCUGAAAUAAAUAUAACAUUCAUAAAUUAUAUUAUUGUUUUGUUAGAGGCCUAUAUUCUAUACACAAUACAUAAACUCAACUGAUCACCACUACAUUUUCUACAGUAUUAUAUUAUUUUUUAUUUUCCUUAGCUCUUAAAGUUAGCUCAAGAUGUUGAGAAUGAACUCUUAACACAAGUGGUACAAGCAGAAAGAAUUGGUGAAAAAAAAUUUAGUAUGUUCUUUUAUUUGUACUUUUUUUUUUUUAUUGCUACUUGGUAUGAAAUUUAACUUUAUUCUACUUGAUUAAUGAAUAAAUUAUCAUAAUUUCACUGUUGUAUGUUUUAGAAUUAAAUUUAGACCCAGAACGGCAUACAUAUGACAAUAUCCCAUAUGCUGAGUUAGACGAAGAAUCUUAUAAAAAAUGGAAAGAAGAAAAAAAGAAAAAUAAUAAAAAAAAUCAACAAAAAUGUUGUUGCGAUUAGAUUAAUCUACAAUUUUGACAGUCUGUUAAAUUUAAGAGUUUAAAUUAUGUACAGUUUAAUAAGAAUGAAUUUGAAAUUAAUACAUAGGAUAGACGUUUAAAAUAAAAUUUAUAUCCUUAAUUGUUUCAAUGCUAAAUUAAGUGCUACUUCAAUAUGCAGCCUACCAUGUUUAUGUGUAUAAAUAUAUGAAUAAUGAAAUUCCCUAAUAAAUAAAAACUAAGAUUUUUGAAGGAUACAUGAAGUAUUUACGCGAAAAUAUAAAUAUAUUAUAUAUUAUACAUUAUAUACUGGGUUCCGCCUAAUGUGGGCACCGGUUAAUAUGGCCAAAAUGGUCUGGUCCCAAUACAAAUGUAUAUUAACAAGGUUAAAAAAAACUGCAUAAUAUAAUAUGAUUCAGUUUAUAUGGGAAAUUUUCAUUUUAGCGAUAGAAUAUAUAUAAAUAUUUAAAAAUGACUUAUAUAAUCGGGUUUUAUUGUAUCUUUGAGAUUGUGUUUAUUGAAAAUUAUUAUAAUAAAAAACAUUACCAUUUGAUUUUGUUGACUAAAUAUGUAAACUUGCAUGUGACUUCAUGUAAGAGGGUUACGAAAAUAAUCCGUCUGAUAAGCUUGAAGCUUUAGCGUGUGCCCAUUUUGUUAACCAGGUUCACACUAAACAGCUUAGACAAUAAGCAAUAACGUUUUAUGUUUUGUACACCUUCCUCAUCCAACUAGUAAUUUUAUUUAGUAUGUUAUAUUUAGUUUUAUUUAUGCAGUAAUUUAACAUUUUUUUCAAUUGUAUGGUUCACGUGUAAAAUAAAAACUUUUUUGUUAUUAUAAAUUUUCGUGUUUCUUAAUAAUUAAUUUCGGAUUUUAUGGGUAACCACUUAUUUUAGAUAAACAGUACUGGUACCAACAUUAAAUGGAAUCCACUGUACAUAUAUACAAUAUUUUUUUCUAAUUUAUUUAACUAAAUAUUAUGAUAAUAAUAUUAUUUGAUCAUUAUUUAUUUAUUUACAAAUACAGGCUAAUUCACAAAUUCAGAUAAUAAUUUACACAUAAAAUAUUAACUAAGAUAUUAUAAUGUGACAAUAUUGGCUGGAAUUAAGCAAUGUAUCGUUAUUGGCAAUAUGCAUCUAUCAUUAUUUUGAUAGACUUUUGUGUAAUUAAUUAAUUAAUAUUAUAUUUAAACCCGAUGUCAUUAACUAUAAGUUAUUAUUAUGAACCAUGAAUUGUUUUCUGAAUGGCAUUUACAAACUGGUUACAGAUACACUUGUAGUUAUACUUUUUGACAAAAUUUAAGCAUACAAUAUGUAAAAAUUAUUUCGCAUAUUGAAUUAGGAACACACUGGUAGACUGCAUAUUAAAGUAGAACAAAAUAUUGUUGUUAUUUUAUUAAUAACAUAACAUAUUGUUGAACCAAACAAUAGAUUUUUUUUUAUGUAUUACCAAUAUGUUUAACUUGCAUUAUGCAUUUACACAAUAUAUUGUAUUGCGCUAAACCAAAUUGAUUAGUUAGGUAAAAAGUAAUAAAAAACACUAUAAAAAUAGUCGUAGAAAAAUAUUUUAUUAUAUAUUAAACCAAUAGCUGAGUUUUCAGUCUAGUUGUAUCUGAUUAAUAAAUUGCAACAUAGCAAAUAUAUUAUACUUGUAUACACAUAUAUAAUAUCAUUGAAAAAUAUUUCUCAAAACUUACAAAUAUAUAUUAUAUGUAAAUAUAUAAAAAAAAAAAAAGUAAUAAUACAUUAGAAAAUCAAUCACUCUUUAGAUUUAUACUGCUUAUAAAUCUAAAGAGUAUGCACUUAUACGCAUAUUAUAAAAUGACAACCAUGUUGUGUUACACAGGUUUAAUAUAGGUAUACUUAUUUAUGACAACAUAUCCAAAUGUGUAAAUUUCAGUUUUAAAUGUUAACUAUGCUGACAUAUUAAACACUUACCCACAUUAUAACAUAACAGUAAGGUAAUACUUAGGUAGGACAAUGCAAUCAAAUUCAAAAACAAAAAAUUGCAACUUUAUAGCAAUAAACACACAUCAUAUAACAGAUGUUCAGAGUGCACAAUAUCAAACAACCUUUAUGAAUAUUCUUACAAUUCGAUUAAAUUAAAAUUACUCAUUUUCCCUGUGUCCUGUAGCUUGUGUCUAGGAGGAGGAAGGGGUACCAUAGUCUUCGUCGUGUAAUAAAAAUCGCAGUCUUUUUCUUCAACCAUAUUUUGCAUUCGACCAAUUUUUUUCCCUUCUUCUGGAUACAUUAAUAGUGGAUCC